AAAAAAAAAAAAAACCACGGUUAAGCACUCGACGUGCACUGCCAGGUGCUGCUCAGAAUUGAUCCGCCAUCAUGGAGCAGCAACAGCAGAAUCAACCUCCCACCGGGGGUGUUCCUGGCCCGACUGGCCGCCGGCUGCACAUUGCUCAUCGCCGUAGCCCAUCGGAGCUGACGCCGUUGAUGAGCAUGUUCGCCAAUCCCAACAUGGAGCAGCUUGCCAUCCAGCAGCAGAUCGAGCUGUUGCAACAGCAGCAGCAGGCUCUUCAAGCCUCACACCAACAAUAUGUUAACCUGGGCAUGAUCCAGCCGGGACAGGCCAUGCCUGGCGGUGCUUUCAAUCCUUUGCAAUCCGCCAUGGCCCCGCAGGCCGGAUUUCAGUUCCCUGGUCAGCUUCAACAGCAACAAGUUGCCAUGCAGCAAGCGGCGGCUCCGGCACAUCGUCGCAACCAGUCUGCCAUUCCCAACAUGGGCAUGGGCGGCCCUCCGCCAGCUCCGUCCUCUGGUACAGCCGGAACUGGGUUCAACUUUGAGACCACCUCGGGGCAGGGCCGCGAGAACAACGCCGGUGGCGGCGGUCGUGGUGGCCGCGGUGGCGGCGGCUCUGGCGGUGGCCAUCAACGGAGGCACUCGCUGGCCCUUGCAGACGCCAAGAAGGCGGCGGAGCUCGCCCAACAGAAACGCACCACCUCGGGGUUCCAGUUUCCCGGUCCAAACGCUUCGGGUUCGUCCGAGACCCAGGACGAGGAGGCCAAGCCUGCUGCGCAGCCUGCGGCUGAAAACCAGGCGCCCCAAGGUCAGGCCGCCCGGGGUGGCCGCGGCGGUGCCCAUGGUAGAAGCCAAAGCAUGGCUGUUGGGCGUGGCGGUGGUCGCGGUGGCGCCUCCGGGGAGGGUGGCCGUGGUGGACACGUCCGUUCAUCCUCGCGCAACUUUGACGGCAACUGGCGUAAUAACCAGAACGGCCAAGGAGAUCAGCAACAGGCGCAGCAGCAGGGCUUCCAGCCAGGCCAUCGCUCUCGCGGCUCGGUUAGCCAGGGCUCCAUUGGAUCUUUCCAGUACACCGGGCAGCCCCAGCUUGUCCAGAUGCCCAACCAGAUGCUUAUGGCUGGCAUGUACGCUGGUCAGCAGCAGCUUACCCCGCUGCAGAUCCAGCAGCUUCAGGCGCUCCAGGCUGCGCAGAUGAACGGCCAGCACAUGGUUGGGCUGCAGGGCAGCCAGCACGCCCAUCAGAUGGGCCAGCAACCGCAGCAGCAGCAGCGCAAGACGCUGUUCACGCCUUACCUUCCCCAGGCCACCCUGCCGGCUCUUCUCGGAGAUGGACAACUUGUGUCUGGAAUUCUCCGUGUCAACAAGAAGAACCGCAGUGACGCCUAUGUCUCGACCCAGGAUGGUCUUUUGGACGCUGAUAUCUUCAUCUGCGGCAGCAAGGACCGCAACCGCGCUCUGGAAGGCGAUCUGGUGGCCGUCGAGCUUCUUGAUGUCGAUGAGGUGUGGGGUCAGAAGCGAGAGAAGGAGGAGAAGAAGAAGCGCAAGGACAUCACUGAUACCCGCUCUGGCUCGACUAACAACGGGAGCCAGAGCAACGCAAACGGCGAGGACGGCACCCCUAGUGAGGGUGGUAUCCGCCGCCGCGGCAGUCUGCGGCAGCGACCUACCCAGAAGAAGAACGAUGAUGUCGAGGUUGAGGGUCAAAGUCUCCUGCUCGUCGAGGAGGAGGAGAUCAGCGACGAGGCCAAACCGCUCUACGCUGGCCACAUCGUGGCCGUCAUUGAGCGUGUUGCUGGCCAGAUGUUCUCGGGCACCCUCGGCUUGCUGCGUCCUAGCAGCCAGGCCACCAAGGAGAAGCAGGAGGCCGAGCGCGCUGCCCGGGAUGGCGGUCGGCACCAGGACAGCCGGCACCAGGAGAAGCCCAAGAUUGUCUGGUUCAAGCCUACCGACAAGCGCGUUCCCCUCAUUGCCAUCCCAACCGAGCAAGCCCCGCGAGACUUCGUUGAGAAGCACCAAGACUACGCGGACCGCAUCUUCGUGGCUUGCAUCAAGCGCUGGCCCAUCACCUCCCUGCACCCCUUCGGUACCCUUGUUGAGCAGCUGGGCAAGAUGGGCGACUUGAAGGUCGAGACAGACGCGCUUCUUCGCGACAACAACUUUGCGUCCGAUGAGUUCUCUGACGCUGUGCUGCGCAGCGUUGGCCUUCAGGACUGGUCCAUCGCCAAGGAGGAUGAGGCCGCCAUCGCCGAGAGGAGGGACUACCGGGAUGAGAAGACCUUCACUCUCGACCUGGACGGUUCGACCGAGCUUGGCAAUGCGGUUCACGUCAAGACCAAGCCGGACGGCAAGAUUGAGAUCGGUGUCCACGUGGCUGACGUGGCGCACUUCAUCAAGCCCAACUCCCUCGUCGACCGCGAGGCCAAGAAGCGCGGCACCGCGGUGCAUCUGGUCAACAGAUCCUGCGCUCUUCUGCCCCCUAAGUUGGCAAAGGAGGUCUGCUCGCUUACCCCUGGCGACGAGCGCCUGACCGUCAGUAUCGUUUUCCAAGUCAACCCGCACAACGGCGCCGUUGCCGAGGGCGACACCUGGAUCGGAAAGAGUGUUGUGAAGCCUGCGGGCAAGCUCAACCUCGAGCAGAUCAACGCCGCCCUCGCGGAGUCUGGCUACAGCCAUGACUCGGUCCCUCAGAAUGACGUCCAGAUCCUGAACGCUGUUGCCCAAAAAUUCCGCGAGGCUCGUCUCGGUGCAGGUGGAGAGGUUAUCUCCCCUCUCCGUCUAUUCAAGCAACUCGAUGACGAGAACAUUCCCCUGGAGCACAAUAUCUUCGAUUCUACCACGGCGACGGAGGUUGUUGAGGAGCUCAUGCACAAGACCAACGCGGCUAUUGCCCAACGUCUCGCCGAGGCUCUGCCCGAAAAGGCACUUCUUCGGAGACAAGGCGCGCCGAACCCUCGCCGUCUCCAGACGAUUGGUGAGCGCCUGACGGCGCUUGGUUACGAGAUCGACACCUCGAGCAGCGGCGCACUCCAGAACAGUCUGUUCAAGGUAGAGGAUGAGGAUAUCCGCAAGGGUAUGGAGACGCUUCUGUUGAAGUCCAUGCAGAGGGCCAAGUACUUCAUCGCCGGCAAGACCGCCAAGCAGCUUUGGCCGCACUACGCGCUGAACCUGCCGCUUUACACUCACUUUACCAGCCCGACGCGGCGGUAUGCCGACGUCAUGGUUCACCGCCAGCUCGACUCGGUCCUCUCGGACGGCAAGACUGAGUACACCGAGGAUCUCGAGAACCUCGUCAAGACUGUCGAGUCCUGUAACACCAAGAAGGAGUCGGCACAGAACGCCCAGGAGCAGAGCAUCCACAUCGAGUCCUGCCGCGGUAUGGACAAGACGAGGCAGGAUGCGCACGGCGACCUCAUCAGCGAAGGCAUCGUCAUCUGCGUGUACGAGUCCGCGUUCGACGUUCUCAUUCCCGAGUGGGGCUUCGAGAAACGUGUGCACUGCGACCAGCUCCCCCUGAAGAAGGCCGAAUUCCGCAAGGAGAAGCGUGUGCUGGAGCUGUACUGGGAGAAGGGCGUCCCCAGCUCGGCCUACGUGCCCGAGGAUGAGCGCCCCAAGGCGGCAGCAUCGCAGAGGGUUAGCAACGCGAUUGCCGCGGCACGCCAGGCUGAGGAGGCCGAGCGCGCCAAGAAGGAGCGCGAGGAGGCCACCCGCAAGCAGACGGAGACUGACACCAUACCCACCGAUGAUGUGGAUGCCCUGUUUGACGACGAUGACGAUAACGCCUCGGACAUCACCGAGGCCAUGGCUGGUGCCUCUCUGGCUGAGCGGCCAACCCAGAGCGUCCCGGGUUCGCCGGCUAGGACCUCGUCGUCGGCCAUGGGUACCCUCCACCGGACUAAGUCGGAGUCCAAGGUGCCGGUUUCUGACCCUCCCGAGUCGCGCCUGUCCAACAAGGAGAAGUACCUGAAGCUGUUCAAGCUGCGGGAGGAGGGCGGCGAGUACAUUCAAGAUGUGACGGAGAUGACGAGGGUCCCCGUGAUCCUUAAGACGGAUCUCAGCAAGAGCCCACCAUGCCUGACUAUCCGGUCUCUGAACCCCUACGCCCUGUGAGGUGUCGGAGGUUACCUAGAAGCCUGUCAUGUCGAGCGUGGCGGGCUUUGCUAUCGAUGGGAUUGCUUGCUCGCACCCGUGGUGCAAAUGGAAUAGGCGUUAUACACAUGGAAUGAGCAGAAAUGGGCUAUGGGGUUAGGUAAAUGGAAAGCCCUCUGGCGACUCGGGAAACGAACUCCGCCGUGGGGGAAAAGGAGUUGGAAGGUCCGAAGUUGUAACAAGAUGGUCAGUGUGAUGACAGACGGUUCCUGAGAAUGUUGUCGUAGGCUUUAAACGUUGGUGGUUAUCGUCGGCCUCGAGGUAUUCUUUUAGUCUCACGGUUUGAUAUGCCCGCACAUUCAGUGCGUCGAGGGCAGCCAUAGUAUUAGAGCAAGACAAUAGCAAAUGAUGAGCUUUAGAGAGAA